CACAGAUAAGCUUUCAUUUAAGCAGGGAAAGGUUGUCAGGGUUUUCUCCCAAGUGGGCAGAACUCUCCUGAUCAGUUAGUAUUUCACUAGCACCCUGUUUAAAUGCUACAUUACUGGACACUUUUCAUAAGGGAAAGAGAAGCAGCAGGAGCGUCUGAGAAGCAGAUAGAGGAAAGGAUCAGCUUUGAAUUACUUCUCUCGCUCUGCAUAGAACUAUCUCUCCUGGGACAUAACUCAAGGGAUCACUCCCUUGAAUGUUGUGAAGAUAGGCCCAUUGUUUAGCAAAAGAGAAUGAAUGCUCGGAGAAUGGCUUAUUUUUCUUAUUUGCCGCUUCAUGAAUCUGGUCUGAAGUGAUGGAUGCACUUAGAUCUAGAAAAGGCAGAACCCCUCUGGGAUAACAGGAGAUGAGAAUUCUCCAGCCAACUUUUGGGAUUCCAAGAACCGAGGUGUGACUGGGACACAAAAAGGACAAAUUGUAUGGAGAAUUGAACCUGGGCCCUAUUUUAUGGAACCGGAAAUAAAAAUAUGUUUUAAAUACUACCAUGGCAUUAGUGGAGCCCUGAGAGCUACUACCCCAUGUAUUACUGUGAAAAAUCCUGCUGUGAUGAUGGGGGCAGAAGGCAUGGAAGGAGGUGCUUCAGGAAAUCAACAUUGUCGGAAAUUAGUCAGUUUUACCUUGUCAGAUCUUAGGGCAGUUGGGCUAAAGAAAGGAAUGUUCUUUAAUCCUGAUCCUUACCUUAAGAUGUCAAUUCAGCCAGGAAAGAAGAGCAGUUUUCCUACGUUUGCCCAUCAUGGGCAAGAACGAAGGUCUACCAUCAUCAGUAACACAACUAAUCCAAUUUGGCACAGAGAGAAAUAUUCUUUUUUUGCACUUCUUACUGAUGUCUUAGAAAUUGAAAUUAAAGACAAAUUUGCCAAGAGUCGUCCUAUCAUCAAGCGUUUUCUUGGGAAACUAACCAUACCAGUCCAGAGGUUGCUGGAACGUCAAGCCAUUGGUGAUCAAAUGCUCAGCUACAACCUUGGCAGAAGGCUCCCAGCUGACCAUGUGAGUGGGUACCUCCAAUUCAAAGUUGAGAUUACAUCUUCUAUUCAUGAAGAUGCUUCGCCAGAAGCAGUUGGCACCAUCCUCGGAGUGAAUUCUGUGAACGGAGACCUGGGGAGUCCCUCUGAUGAUGAGGACAUGCCAGGGGGACAUCAUGACUCCCCUCCAGUCUGUUCUAAUGGUCCAGUCUCUGAGGAGAGUGCUCCAGAUGGCACUCCAAAGCAUUCCUUUAGGACUAGCUCUACUAUGGAAAUAGACCCGGAGGAACUAACCUCUAGUUCUUCCAGGACCUCCCCUCCCAGAGGACGGCAGGAUUCACUGAAUGAUUAUCUAGAUGCCAUUGAACACAAUGGUCAUUCCAGGCCUGGGACAUCCGCCUGUGCUGAGAGAUCUCUUGGAGCUUCUCCCAAACUAAGGAGUAGUUUCCCCACUGAUACCAGACUCAAUGCCAUGCUUCAUAUUGACUCUGAUGAAGAGGAUCAUGAGUUUCAGCAAGAUCUAGGUUAUCCUUCUUCCUUGGAAGAGGAAGGGGGGUUAGUAAUGUUUAGUAGUGCUUCACGAAUUGACGAAGGGAGCUCAAUGAGUCAGGCAAAGCCAGACACCAACCCUGCCGAGGGGGAGGAAGUCCCAGCAGCUGAAGCUGCUUCAAUGGAGAAUAAGCAGGAGGAGGAACUGCUAGAGGUUCCUGACAGUUGCUCCAUUUCAGAUGCAGCUGUAGAAGAGGGUGAAAAUGGCCAGGAACCUCAACCAAGUGCCGAGCAAGGCAAUGGUGAAUUAUGUGACUCACAAGAGGGCGAACAGCCUACCAGUGAUGCAGACCCAGGAAAUUUGGAUAUUCCAGGAGAAAGCAGAAGGGCCAUCAGUGAAACUGAGUCUGUUGACCAAGGCUCUGAACCUUCCCAGGUAUCGUCUGAAACAGAGCCUAGCGACCCCGCCCGGACUGAGAGCGUCAGUGAGGCCAGCACCAGGCCAGAGGGAGAGAGCGAUGUGGAAGGGGCUGAUAGUUCCUGCAAUGAGAGUGUUACCACACAACUGUCUUCUGUGGAUACCCGGUGCUCUUCCCUGGAGAGUGCCCGGUUUCCUGAAACGCCAGCCUUUUCAUCUCAGGAAGAAGAAGAGGGAGCCUGUGCUUCAUCUCCUGCCAACAGUGGCCCUGCUGUGGGGUCACAGGAUUCUGUAUGCACCCCUGGGUCUUUGCCUGUGGUCAGGGUACCCAGUGGUCAGGAGGAAGGGCAGGCAGCAGAAAUGCCUGCCGUGCCUGAUGGAGAGGAGAUGGGGGAAAUCUGGCAGAGGAGGAGCAGUCUUCAGGCUACUGUGGAGAAUGAAUCACGUGAAGAAGACACCGGAGAUGCCCAAGAAGCUUGUGAAGGGGCCACUGCUCAGGCUGAAGGAGCUACUGGAGGUUCUCAAGCCAACGGCCACCAGCCAUUGCGAUCGCUACCUUCAGUACGUCAGGAUGUUAGCCGAUACCAGAGGGUGGACGAGGCUCUGCCACCAAAUUGGGAGGCUCGGAUCGACAGCCAUGGAAGAAUAUUCUAUGUGGAUCAUGUAAACAGAACAACAACCUGGCAGAGGCCCACUGCUCCCCCCGCCCCACAGAUACUUCAGAGAUCCAAUUCCAUACAACAAAUGGAGCAGUUAAACCGUAGGUAUCAAAGUAUCCGCAGAACAAUGACUAAUGAAAGACCUGAAGAACAUACUAAUGCCAUUGAUGGAGCUGGAGAGGACACAGACUUCCACCAGUCCAAUGCAGAUUUUCGACGGGAGAAUGUGCUGCCCCACUCUACCUCCAGGUCCAGGCUGACGUUACUGUUACAGUCUCCUCCCGUGAAAUUUCUCAUAAGCCCAGAGUUCUUCACCGUGCUGCAUUCUAACCCUAGUGCCUAUCGCAUGUUUACAAACAACACGUGUUUGAAGCACAUGAUCACCAAAGUCCGGCGGGACACUCACCACUUUGAACGCUACCAGCAUAAUCGGGACCUAGUGGGGUUCCUCAACAUGUUUGCUAACAAACAGCUGGAGCUGCCAAGGGGCUGGGAAAUGAAGCAUGAUCACCAGGGCAAGGCUUUUUUUGUCGACCACAAUUCCCGUACCACCACCUUCAUUGACCCCCGGCUCCCACUGCAGAGCAGCAGACCCACGAGCGCUUUGGUACAUCGGCAACAUCUGACCAGGCAGCGCAGCCACAGUGCUGGUGAAGUAGGAGAAGACUCUCGACAUUCAGGGCCACCAGUUCUUCCUAGGCCAUCUAGCACCUUCAAUACUGUCAGUAGGUCACAGUACCAGGACAUGGUUCCAGUGGCCUACAAUGACAAGAUUGUUGCAUUUCUGCGUCAGCCCAAUAUCUUUGAAAUUCUACAGGAGCGUCAACCUGACCUUACCAGGAAUCACUCACUCAGGGAGAAGAUUCAGUUUAUCCGGACAGAGGGGACACCUGGAUUGGUCCGUCUCUCCAGUGAUGCUGAUCUUGUAAUGUUGCUAAGUUUAUUCGAAGAAGAGAUAAUGUCAUAUGUGCCUCCACAUGCCUUACUCCACCCCAGCUAUUGCCAGUCCCCGCGCAGUUCCCCUGUGUCCUCACCUCAGAACUCUCCAGGUACGCAGCGUGCCAAUGCUCGAGCUCCCGCCCCUUACAAACGAGAUUUUGAAGCCAAACUACGGAACUUCUACAGGAAGUUGGAAACUAAAGGAUAUGGCCAAGGGCCAGGGAAGUUAAAGUUAAUCAUCAGAAGAGACCAUUUGUUGGAAGAUGCUUUUAAUCAGAUUAUGGGCUAUUCCAGAAAAGACUUGCAGAGGAAUAAGCUCUAUGUCACCUUUGUUGGAGAGGAAGGGCUGGAUUACAGUGGACCUUCUAGAGAGUUUUUCUUCCUGGUAUCCAGAGAACUCUUUAAUCCAUAUUAUGGCUUAUUUGAAUAUUCAGCUAAUGAUACAUACACAGUACAAAUAAGUCCCAUGUCUGCUUUUGUAGACAAUCACCAUGAAUGGUUCAGGUUUAGUGGUCGAAUCCUUGGCCUUGCACUGAUACACCAGUAUUUGUUAGACGCUUUCUUCACACGACCAUUUUAUAAGGCCCUUCUCAGAAUUCUGUGUGAUUUGAGUGAUCUAGAAUACCUUGAUGAAGAGUUCCACCAGAGCCUUCAGUGGAUGAAAGACAAUGACAUACAUGAUAUCCUAGACCUCACCUUUACUGUAAAUGAAGAAGUUUUUGGACAGAUCACUGAACGAGAAUUAAAACCAGGGGGUGCCAAUAUCCCAGUCACAGAGAAGAACAAGAAAGAAUACAUCGAGAGAAUGGUGAAAUGGAGGAUUGAGAGGGGUGUUGUACAACAAACAGAGAGCUUAGUACGGGGUUUUUAUGAGGUGGUGGAUGCUAGGCUGGUAUCUGUUUUUGAUGCAAGAGAACUGGAACUGGUCAUUGCUGGAACUGCUGAAAUAGACCUAAGUGACUGGAGAAACAACACAGAAUAUAGAGGAGGAUAUCAUGACAAUCACAUAGUAAUCCGGUGGUUCUGGGCUGCUGUAGAAAGAUUCAACAAUGAACAACGACUAAGGUUGUUACAGUUUGUCACAGGCACAUCCAGCAUACCCUAUGAAGGCUUUGCUUCUCUGCGAGGGAGUAAUGGGCCAAGGAGAUUCUGUGUGGAGAAAUGGGGGAAAAUCACUGCCCUUCCCAGGGCUCAUACUUGUUUUAAUCGUCUGGACCUUCCCCCCUAUCCAUCAUUCUCCAUGCUUUAUGAAAAACUUUUGACAGCUGUUGAAGAAACAAGUACUUUUGGACUUGAAUGAUCUGGCAACCAUAGUGCCCAGCCCUUUGUGGAUGGGACUCCAUGGAACUUGCCCUCUUGAAGAAUGAGUGAACCUCGGUUUGGGAGUUCCUAGAGAAUGGUUACUUUAUAGUGUGUCUGGGGACUGAGAUUCCAAGAACAAAUGCUCAGUAAUUUCUGGGGCAUAUAGGACCGUGGUGACAGAGUCUUCUUGGAAGGAUCUGGAUAGGCCUGAUGUGCAGGGAAAACCCAACAGUCUUUCAAUCAACAGUUCUUCCUGACUGCCAAACUUUUUUUCUUUCCAUUCAUUAUGUUCCAAGAACAAGAUGAGACUGUACAGGAUCAACUACAUGGUAAUUAUAAGGACUUAUCAGGAUCCUGAAACUAGUCCUUGGACUUAUUCAAGCCAAACUGUGGCAUCACUUGACCCAACCUCCAAAUUAGCUAAAGUUAAAGAUAUAAUAAAGAAAAAUCUUUCCUGAAAGUA